CCCGGGGGAAGGUGGAAAAUAGGAGGCCGGGGAGAGGGGCGGGACAGAGUCCCCCCCACCGCCCUGCUUUUCCAAAGGCUUCUGCCCAUUUGACAGACGGGGAGACUGAGGCCCGGAGAGUGGCAGGACCUUGUCCCAGGCUGAACAGUGCAAACAGGGUGACCAAAAGGAGAGGGGCUGGCCAGGCAGGAGGCCCCUGGCCCCCGACUCCUCCUUGACAGGGUCAGCUUGAGUGGGCAGGGAGGAGCAUCAGGCAGUGGCCUGGUUUCCCCCAGUUACUCACUGUGAGGGCCGAGCCACGUCCUAGGGGUUCCACAGGGCAGGAAGGGAUCUGUCCUGCAGAGUCACCGCCCCACCCCACCAGGGCACGCCCACGGCCCUGGUGACCCUGGCCAGGUCCCUGGGUCUUGGCCUUACGCCUUCCUGCUGACUCAGAGCCCCCCAAGAGCACUGGGCCCAACCAGGAGGCAGGAGAGAAGGUUAGGGAGACUGAGGGGCUAGGCAGGGAUGGAUGGCCAUGCUGGUUGGAUAUUGGAUCUUGGGUCAGUUGCCCUGGGUUUGAGGUGAGGUGCAGCCAUGGGGCCCUGGGACUCCCUGAGCCUGAGCCUCGUCUUCUCACCUCUGCGGUGGAGACGGUGCUGCCUCUGGGACUGCUGGGCGCUCAGCCAGGGCAGCGCACGGCGGAUGCCUUUUGUCACUGCUGUGGUCUCCUAGAGAGAGCACGGGCAGAAUCCCGUGCUCAGAUUCAUUAGGAAACAACUUGUGUCAGGCAUUUAUUGAGCACCUUCUGUGUGCUCCCAUGCCACUUCAAAUUGUCCUUUGGACAGGCACUCCCCUCUCUCGUAAAGCGGGGAGGGGGGCCGGUGUUCAUCUCUGAAGCACCCAGUUGGGUUUCGCCAACGUCCUCUCACUUUGAUGAUGCAGAACCAACCAUGGACCAUCCUGGUCUCGGCGCGGAAGAUGGCCGGCGGCGUGGACGGCCCCAUCGGGAUCCCGUUCCCUGACCACAGCAGCGACAUUCUGAGCGGACUCAACGAGCAGCGGACGCAGGGCCUGCUGUGCGACGUGGUGAUCCUGGUGGAGGGCCGUGAGUUCCCCACGCACCGCUCGGUGCUGGCUGCCUGCAGCCAGUACUUCAAGAAGCUGUUCACGUCGGGCGCCGUGGUGGACCAGCAGAACGUGUACGAGAUCGACUUCGUCAGCGCUGAGGCGCUCACGGCCCUCAUGGAUUUCGCCUACACGGCCACGCUCACCGUCAGCACAGCCAACGUGGGCGACAUCCUCAGUGCCGCCCGCCUGCUCGAGAUCCCCGCCGUGAGCCACGUCUGCGCCGACCUCCUCGACCGGCAGAUCCUGGCGGCCGACGCGGGUGCCGAUGCUGGCCAGCUGGACCUCGUAGAUCAAAUUGAUCAGCGAAACCUCCUUCGCGCCAAGGAGUACCUCGAGUUCUUCCAGAGCAACCCCAUGAACAGCCUGCCCGCCGCCGCCGCCGCCUCGUUCCCAUGGUCCGCCUUUGGCGCAUCCGACGAUGACCUGGACGCCACCAAGGAGGCCGUGGCCGCUGCCGUGGCCGCCGUGGCCGCCGGCGACUGCAAUGGCUUGGACUUCUACGGGCCCGGCCCCCCAGCCGAGCGGCCCCCGGCCGGGGAUGGGGAUGAGGGAGAUAGCAACCCAGGUCUGUGGCCGGAGCGGGAUGACGACGCCCCCGCUGGGGGCCUCUUCCCGCCGCCCGUGGCCCAGCCGUCCACCGCCACACAGAACGGCCACUACGGCCGGGGCGGGGAGGAGGAGGCAGCCUCGCUGUCAGAGGCGGCCCCGGAGCCGGGCGACUCUCCGGGCUUCCUGUCAGGCACGGCCGAGGGUGAGGACGGGGACGGGGCCGACGCGGACGGGCUGGCGGCCAGCACGCUGCUGCAGCAGAUGAUGUCGUCGGUGGGCCGGGCGGGAGCGGCGACGGCGGGGGACAGCGACGAGGAGUCACGGGCGGAUGACAAGGGCGUCGUGGACUACUACCUGAAGUACUUCAGCGGCGCCCACGACGGCGACGUCUACCCGGCCUGGUCGCAGAAGGUGGAGAAGAAGAUCCGGGCUAAGGCCUUCCAGAAGUGCCCCAUCUGCGAGAAGGUCAUCCAGGGCGCCGGCAAGCUGCCGCGGCACAUCCGGACCCACACGGGCGAGAAGCCCUACGAGUGUAACAUCUGCAAGGUCCGAUUCACCAGGCAGGACAAGCUCAAGGUGCACAUGAGGAAGCACACGGGCGAGAAGCCGUACCUGUGCCAGCAGUGCGGGGCGGCGUUCGCUCACAACUACGACCUGAAGAACCACAUGCGCGUCCACACUGGCCUGCGCCCCUACCAGUGCGACAGCUGCUGCAAGACGUUCGUGCGCUCCGACCACCUGCACAGACACCUCAAGAAGGACGGCUGCAACGGCGUGCCCUCGCGCCGCGGCCGCAAGCCCCGGGUGCGGGGUGGCGGGCUUGGGGGGCCCGACCCCGCCCCCGCCCCGGGGGCCCCUGCACCGCCCGGCGCCCCCGCCCCGCCCGGCUCGCCGGACACGCGGCGCAACGGCCAGGAGAAGCACUUUAAGGACGAGGACGAGGACGAGGACGAGGCCAGCCCUGACGGCCUGGGCAGGUUGAAUGUAGCGGGCGCCGCGGGGGGAGGCGACGGGGGCGCCGGGGCCACCGCCGAUGGCAGCUUCGCGGCCGGACUCGCUUGAAAACCAAAAAAAGAGAAAACAGAAACCCGAGAGAGAGAGAGAGAGAGAGCGAGAGAGAGAGAGAGAGAGAGCAAAUCACCCACCACCCCCAAAAAACACAAAAAAAGAAAAUCUAUAUACAGAUAUCUAUAUCUAUAUAUAUAUAUAUACAGAUAUAUAUAUAUGAAGCGUCACAGAAUCUAGGGUAGUGCUUUUCUCAGAUUUUUCUCCUUCAUGAUGUUCUCUCCCUCCACGGGGACCCUCGCCCCACCCCACCCCCAGCCCCGCUUGCCCCCCACCCCGUCGAUGGCUUUCGGGGCUCAGCUUGGGGUUUUUGUGGGACACGAGGAUUCUGAGCUCCGCAGGCGCCCCGCGGUUCGGAGUCUGGGGUCCCAUCGGAGGCCCGAUCAGGGCCCCAGGGCCCGACAGGGGUGAGGGUGGUCACGGGGGCGUGGGCCGGGGACCGGUGGGGGGGGGGACGACGACGACGACGACUUUUCUUUUCCUCGCCCUGCCCCGCCCCCGCUGGUUUCUAGAGUCUUUUGAGAUAAGACUUUAAAAAUGAUUUGUGUCCGCUGUGAGCGGACGUUAAAACGGCCCCAUCCGCACCCCCACCCUCUUUCCUCAGGGCACUUCCGAAGUGGGGGUCUCCCCCUCCGUCUCCCCGACUGCCUCCCCGCCUCCCGUCCCUGCCUGUGGUCCCCCGGAUCUCCUGGCCACCGCGACACAAAUCUAUUUAUUUCCAGGCGUGGAGAAAGGGGAGAAGACGAGGAAGGGGGGGGGGGAGGGCACCAGGGUGACUCCCCGAGGGCCCCCGCCGCCUUCCUUCACGGCACUUACAACCCGGCGGGACCUGCGGGCCGCCACUCAGGGCGCCCCUGCCACCCCCGUCUUGGUCCCCCAACCCAGGCCCACCCCAGACCCCAUGAGACGUUUGGAGAUUCGAAACUUUUUGUCUUCACUCUCUCCCCUUCCCCUAGCCCUGUCCCGAUUUUUAAAAGCACUUUUUAGAUUUUUUUUUCUCUUUUCCUCCUUAAAAACAAAAUUUAUAUAUAGAUAUAUAUAUAUAUAUAUAAAAAAAUAUACUUUUCCUCAGAGGAGCAGGCGACAGUGUGGGGUGAAAGAGCCAAGAUCAGAGCGAACGCAGGGUCUCCCGGUGGCAGGGAUGUGGGGAGAGAGAGUGUCCAGAAGUUCCAAUGUCACAAAAGCAAUAAAAACAAGAUUUUACAAAAAUGAAAGAAAAUAACAACAACAACAAGACAACCAACCACAAAUAGAAGUCUUGGCACUUUGUAACAGAACGGGUACUACACUUUAUCUUAAUUCUUAAUUUAAAAA